UACCCGGACUACAAAACAGUAAGCGGUGGUCGGGCAGAGUUACCGUGCAAUGUGACCCCGGUAUCCGUGGACGACUCCGUAACACUCAUCCUAUGGUACAGAGGGAACGGUAGCCGAACGCCGAUAUAUACGGUCGACGCGCGCGGCGACGCCAGUAAUAACGGCACGCAUUUCGUGGGCGACGUGUUUAGCGACGGCCGACGGGCGACGUUCAACGUGUCUGCCCGACCGGCGCUACUGACCAUCGAUCCCGUGACGGAAGGGGACGGCAUGGAGUAUAGGUGUCGAGUGGACUUCCGGUGGGGCCGUACGAUGAAUAGCCACGUCUUCCUCAAUGUUAUCGUGCCUCCACGAUCGGUGAUCAUCCAGGACAUGAACGGCACUGUCAUUCGCGAUACAGUGAUCGGGCCGUACGAUCAGGACAUGGAUGUGAUGCUCACGUGUUUGGCUGAAGGAGGUAUACGACGGCAAACAUAUCUACAGAUAAACUAUUGA